AUCGCUGAAAAAUCUUUGUUUUGAAUUUUGCCUGAAUUUUGUGGAAAUGUCUCGAAUGAGGUGUCUGAAAUGACCCGAUCGCUUAAUCUACGGCAGUGUCACCUAACACAGAUCAUAACUCUUUGAGCAUGUUGCCAGUUCGUACUCUGAACGAUGGCCGACAUAUUCCAGCCAUUGGACGUGAGUAAAAAGUUUGCUUGACAUGAAAUGGAUAUGCAAUAUUUAGUCGAUAUUUAACUGUAUUUAAGCUUAAGUUUAAUCUCAGGAAGGCUGGCAGCAGUUUCCAGCACUUUUUCAACAGCUAUGCUUUGACGGAUCAAUACUACCACAGUUUAUCAAGUGAUGCUACAAUAUUGUUGGAACAUUUCAAAUGAGACAAGUAGAAGGGGAUGAUGUAAUACACAGGACUCUUGAUACUGCUAUUCAGUGUGGCUACAGACUCGUAGAUACAGCUGCUGUAUACCGUAAUGAAGCAGACAUUGGACACUCACUGAAACAGAUUUUGCCCAAGUAUGGUCUGUCCAGGGCUGAUAUCUUCAUAACGAGUAAACUGUCCCCAAGAGACCAUGGCUUUGAUAGUGCAGAAAAGGCUUGUAUGAAGUCUUUGCAGACUUUGGACUGUGAAUAUCUUGACCUGCAUCUUAUUCACUGGCCUGGUGUUCAGAAACUGAAGAGUGAAGAUCCAAGGAAUGCAGAACUCAGACAGGAAAGUUGGAAGGCUUUAGAGAAGCUCUGUGAAGCUGGUUUAAUUAAGUCAAUAGGAGUAUCCAACUACACUAUAGAUCACCUGGAAGAACUUCUUGACUAUGCCAUGAUCACUCCUGCUGUAUUACAGGUAGAAUUCCAUCCAAGGCUUUACCAGAAAGAGUUGUUGGAAUACUGCAAAAGAAAAGGAAUUCAGCUGCAAGCAUACACAUCCUUGGGCCAAGGAAAGCUCCUAGAUGAACCUACAGUAUGCUCUAUAGCUGCAAAUUACAAUAAGUCCACAGCUCAAGUGCUCCUAAAAUGGGCUCUUCAACAUGAUGUUGGUGAGUAAG